AUGGCGGCGAUGCGCCUGGCAUGUCGGACGACCAGUCAGACGCUGAGUCCAUCUCCUCCAAACUAUCGGACUCUACGAUCACAGAACGAAGCCUGCACAGAAUGCUGCAAGACCUCCGAUCUACCAUUAGAAAGGACUUCCUACAGAUCGACAGUGAACUGA